CGUAGGGAAAUUAGCUACGUCAUUGUUCACGGACUGACUACAGCUGGAAAUAGUACAUGGACAUGCACGAAUAAUAAUAUAUUUAUAAAAAAUUACAGCAAUGAACAAUGACCAUAGUUGACAGAUCUUCAGAGAAAUCUGACCUAGAGUCAGUCGGGUGCAAGCGCUCAGGAUCGCUGAACUUUCCCGGCGGUGACAGGAACGGGAUGGACAGUGGCUGCUCCAGCUGGGGGGCGGGGGGCCCCUCGUCCUCCGACACCCCCAGGGUGAAGACAGGGGGCUACAUGGGCCCCACCCCUGGAGCCACAGUCUACAGCAGCAGUGCAGACAGGCCCAAGGAGCAAGUGGUGCUGACCAGUGGGGACGGCAUCGCCCUGCCCCAGAAGGUGCUGUUCCCAGCCGAGCGGCUCAGCCUGAAGUGGAACCAGAUCCACCGCAUUGGAUCAGGUCUCCAGAACCUGGGAAACACCUGCUUCCUCAACUCAGCUCUGCAGUGUCUCACCUAUACCGCUCCCCUCACUAACUACAUGCUGUCCCGGGAGCACUCUAAAACAUGUCAUGAGCCUGGGUUCUGUAUGAUGUGCACAAUGCAGAAUCACAUCACCCAGGUCUUCGCCAACUCUGGGAAUGUCAUCAAGCCCAUCGGAGUCCUCAACGAGCUCAAACGGAUUGCAAAGCAUUUCCGCUUUGGCAGCCAAGAGGACGCCCAUGAGUUCCUGCGGUACACAGUGGACGCUAUGCAAAAGUCCUGCCUGCCUCUAAACAAAUUGGACAGGCAAACGCAAGCAACCAGUUUCAUCCAUCAAGUCUUUGGAGGGUAUCUACGGUCCAGAGUAAAAUGUUUCAACUGCAAAGCGGUCUCUGACACCUUUGACCCUUAUUUGGAUGUUGCUUUGGAAAUAAAGACUGCUCCCAGUAUCACAAAGGCUCUGGAACAGUUUGUUAAGCCUGAGCAGCUAGAUGGAGAGAAUGCCUACAGAUGCGCUAAGUGUAAGAAGAUGGUUCCAGCCUCUAAGAGAUUCACCAUCCACCGCAGCGCUAAUGUGCUCACCAUCUCACUGAAGCGAUUCGCCAACUACAACGGGGGCAAGAUCGCUAAGGACGUGAGGUAUGCUGAGUGCCUAGACCUGCGUCCCUUCAUGUCUCAGUCCCACGGCGAGCCCCAGGUCUACGUACUCUAUGCUGUCCUGGUGCACUCUGGCUUCAGCUGCCACGCUGGACACUACUACUGCUACGUCAAGGCUAGCAAUGGCCAGUGGUACCAGUUGAAUGACUCCUCUGUGUUGGUCAGUGACAUUAGGUCAGUCCUCAACCAGCAGGCUUACGUCCUCUUCUACAUCAGGUCACCUGAUCUGAAGAACGGAGGGGACUACAAUCACACGUGCCGGACCCCGGGGCCCCUCGGCCAGUCGUCCCCCCGCCCCAUCCUCACACCCCGGGUCAACAUUGGGCCACGGCACACCAACACUGGCUUCAUAGGGCCACAGCUGCCCCCACACAUGGCCAAGAACCUCUUUCACGUCAAUGGGAAUGGCUCGCUAAGUGACUACCCCUCUGGCUCUAAGCCCAGCACCAGCAGUGACAGCAGCAUGGGAAAGACUAGCUACAGCCCGCUCGCCACCUCUUCCUCCCAUCCUCUCAGCCGUCCCACAGGCAUCCCUGACCCCGCCAAGCGCCAGAAGCUCUCCUUCUUCAUCGGUCAGGGCAAACAGAUCCGCCCCUCAUCAUCCUCUUACGUCCAGCCGUCCUCUUCGUCACAGUCUACAUCAGACAUGUCUACGCCCCGGGAUCCCCACGUUAACGGCACUCCCUCCGGUAACAGAAACGGUCACGGGGCGUCGUUCCUGGUGCCGUACGGCCAGGAGUCGUCUGAGGAGUCGGACCAGGAGGGAGGCAGUGGUCUGGGGAAUGGCACGGCUAAGCCUCACAUUAACGGGAGGAAGGGAGAGACCGUCUACGGCCCCGUCCCCAGAGUGCUGGCCCUCAAGACCAACGGCAUCGGUAACGGCCAGGCUACCAUGCACCGUAACGGGACCAACAGCUUCUCCAAACUCAGCCAGAACGGACACCACAACAUCAAUGACAUCAAACACCCUGAGAAGAUCCACGGUAACGGUCAUGCGAUGUCGCCCGCUUUGGGUUCCAGCAUGUCUAAUGGGGCGGAGGCUCACCACAGUGGCCCAAGCAAAGAGGUGUAUUGCGCCACCCCCAGCCAGGCCAGCACCUCUCAAGGCCUGCACAGUGCCGACAUCGACAGCCGCCUCUCCCUCACCCCAGAGAAAAUGGCUAAAACUCACUCUGGCCCCCUCCCUCACCACGCACCAUCAGCCGCUGCUAAACCUCCAUCCUCAUUGGCUGAUGUUGGAGCUAAACCACUUACCGACGCCUUGAGGGAAUCCAGCUCCAACCUUGGGGUCUUAUUCCUCCAGCCCACCCCCCGCGCCCUCAGUACCCCAGUCGCCCCAGCCCUCUCCGGACCAGGCCUGGGAGCCACGAAAGGCCUCGGAGCCCCACACAGGGGACCUGGGGAGGACGUCAUAGAGACCCAGAACAGCCCAGCUGCAGGGCUGGAUGGAAAGCCCAGCUCCAAAGAGGGAAGAGACCAGAUGUACUCUUCCGAUCGGGAGGAGAAAGGCAGGUUGAACUCUUCCGAUCGGGAUAAGGAGAAAGGCAGGUUGAACUCUUCCGAUCGGGAUAAGGAGAAAGGCAGGUUGAACUCUUCCGAUCGGGAUAAGGAGAAAGGCAGGUUGAACUCUUCCGAUCGGGAUAAGGAGAAAGGCAGGUUGAACUCUUCCGAUCGGGAUAAGGAGAAAGGCAGGUUGAACUCUUCCGAUCGGGAUAAGGAGAAAGGCAGGUUGAACUCUUCCGAUCGGGAUAAGGAGAAAGGCAGGUUGAACUCUUCCGAUCGGGAUAAGGAGAAAGGCAGGUUGAACUCUUCCGAUCGGGAUAAGGAGAAAGGCAGGUUGAACUCUUCCGAUCGGGAUAAGGAGAAAGGCCGACUACAUUCUUCGGACCGCGAUAGGGAUCGAGACCGGCUGUACUCUUCUGACCGGGAUAAAGACGGAGAAGGGGAUAGGUACCACCGGGACAGGAGCCGUGAACGCAACCGGGACCAUGACUCAGACCGGCACCGGCGAGACCACCGAGACAGAGACUACCACCGGUCGUACCGGGACCGCUCGCUCAGCCGGGACAGACACCGGAACUGGGAGUCUGAGGCAUUCCUCUCACAGCGACGCUAUCACCCCAGAGAGAGGGACAGGGACCGCUGUCACCACCAUUACCACCACAGAACGAGAGAGGACAGGAAUAGGGACAGGAGGGAGCACAGCCACCACAGCCUCCCACACAGAGAGGAGCUUCAUGGACGCUCAAGGUGGAGGGAUGAAGGUAAAGAGAGGGGUUACCACCCUUCACAGGAGACCCCUCUGCCCACCCCACUGAGCUCCAGCACCAAGCCCAGUCAGUCCCUACCUCGCCCAGCCCUUUCCCCAGCCAGACCAGCCCUGGAGAAACGACCCGAGCCUCACAGAGAGGAGAGAAAGGACAGCUCUGAGGAGCGUCGGGCCAAGAAACCCAAGAAGAGCAAGAAGAAGAAGUCCAAGGACAGAGAGAGGCACCGAGAGAAUAGGACCUUUGACGUGGAUUCCUCUGACAGGGCAGCCGACGGCAGCAGUUCCUCCAAACACAAGAAAAGUAGGAGGUAUGACACUGACACGGAGGAUGAGAAGUCGGGGGGUGAGAUCCGCUCUACCCAGAGUUCCGAGGGGCACCGUGACCCCAAUGCCCCCCGGGAGGGUCGCAGGGCAAGCAGCAGCGACGAUGAGAGGGCGAGCAAGAAGCAACGUUACCAGGACGAUGGCUAUGACAACAGCUACCCCAAGAAACGGCAUCGCGCCGAUGACAACGACCGCUCCUUCUCCUCUCGUGAUGGAUCACCAACAGCAGCUCCUCAAAACGCAUCGCACUGCCACUUCAACAAACACACAGGUAAUGGCUUAGGUCAACCCAAUGGAAACUCCCACGAAUGUUCUACCAAUGGACUGUACAAUGACCUUAGACAGUAGAUUUUCUCUGUUCGACCAGAGACACAGAACAAUACUUGGAAUACUUUACUUUAAAUAUCAACCUUUAUAUAAAAGUGAAAUUCAACAGCAACAGGAAUGUCAUCCCAAAUAUUUGAACGUGGUGCUGUAUUAUUGGGAAUAUACUGUAUUUUUACCACAUGAGAAAUUAAGAUUACUAGAUUUUUUUUCAAAUUCACUCUUCAGCGGUGUACACUUGUCACUCAAUGUACAUUAUGAUGAAUAAGCUGCACAGUGGAAGACUCAGGACUUUGUUCAAACGAGACUUAUUCCUCCUCGGAGAACUGAUCAACUGGUGAAAUAAUCCAAAAAGAGGAAGACAAAUAGUUCUUGCCUAGGAGAUGAACUGUUUGUCACCAUUAUCCACAUAUCUGUAUAGGUGGAGGUAUAAAACCUCUCUCUGAUGGAGUGAGUAGUGUCUGGAGGAGACUGUUGUGACUACGUGUGUACUUAACACAACUCCACCUACCCUGGAGACUUCAGGACAGCUCUUUUUACUUUCUAAAGCCUAAGAUCAUCCCUCUGAAUCCUUCACAGGAGAAGAACGAUUUCCCUCCCUCUCACUGAGAUUUCCAAUUCUUUUAACUUGUUAUUCAAGCAUUUAAAAAAGCUGAACAAUAAUCAUGUUACCACUUAUGGCUUUGGACCUAUGUUUCUGCUUUUUUUUAUUUUUUAUUCUGUUUUCUAGCAUCCAUAAGAAAUACUGUGAAUUUAAUUUUGAACUGUACUAUCAGUUUUUUUUAUACAUAAGUCCUGUAUCAGGAAUACAAAUAGAGAAUAGUUUUGUUUUAGAGAAUUACCACGACGCAAUUUAGACCUUGUUCUAUGGACACAAGUCAGUGAAAUGGGUAGGAUGGUUUGCUUGGGUUUUUUUCUAACUAAAAAGACAACAUGUUCAUGUUAACACAUUUUUAGUUCUACAAUAGCAUGUCAAAUUUAUACAUUGUACAAGGUAUAUAAAAAGCCGUAAAUACAUUUGCUAAUGUCAAAGUAACUCAUCUUACAUUGUUUGUUGGAGUGAAAGCUGUUGAUUAACUGGGCAUGUACACACAGAUGGGAAUAGUGUCUGCCUUUGUAUUGGACGGAUGAAGUCCGUUCUCUGAAUUUUGGUAAAAUAUUUUGCAUAUGAGUGAUUGUUUAAUUGAUUGCUUUUAAGCUCGUCAGAUAAGACUGUUGAAACACUCUGGAUUCAAGGCCAACAGUCGUAAGGUCAUUUUUCAUAUUGUUUCCAGGUUACACAAUGACAGUGAGGGAGUUCAAACCAGGACCUGGGUACUCAGUUCAUAGUCACAUGUCAGACUGGUCAGUGACACAGGAGAAUAUCUGAACAUUCUAUUUUAUUCAAAAUCCUCACGAGUUGAAAGGCUCCUGCAAUGCUGAGAAUCUUGUGAACUUUUACACAACUUGGACCUGUAGAAAGUUCACUGAUCUGUCAGUCUCACCCUGGGGCGCUCUUUAGUCUGGAUCACUGAAGAGUUACAGAAUGCGCGAUAGAAAUAGAAAGGUAAUUUCCGAUUAAGCCGACAUGUGUGUUCACCGUACAUGCAGUCACCACUAACGCAGGAACAUUGCCUUUAAAUUUCAAUCAUGACACUGAACUUCAGCGAUACAGAUUGAGUAAAGCCCCUAGUGAGGAGUUGUUUCACCAUGUGAAACCCAGCUGGCUUGGCUGUUACGUCAUUAUCUGUUUAUCUUCCUCCAUUUGCUCUGAGGAGUUGGAGUUCUUCCACUGCAGUAUGUACUCUGUAAUGCUCAACUUUAAGCAGGUGUAGGCUAGCCAUAACUUUUACAUGCUACAGAAACACAAAUUAUAAACAUUAUGUACAGUGUAUAUACACACACAAUGUAAAGAUGAAAAAACAUUUUUGUAAUUAGAGAAAAUGUGAAAAACAAAUUAUUUAUAGCAGUGGACUUUGAAUCAAUACAUAAACUAGUUUUAGAUAACUGCCCCACAAACAUGACAAUGUAUUAUAGCUCUAAGACAAAAUGGCGUCACAUCUCCUUCACCAUAGAGAUCUCUCUGGCAUGGGCGUCUCAUUGUUAAACAGAAACUGAAAAAAAAUAAAAACCAUCCCUAUUG